UCGUACCAUAAACCAUCACAGGAACUCAGCAAUUGAGUUUAUUGAUCACUUCUGCUCUGUGCACCUGUGGCCCAGUAAUUUCCGCAGAGCGAAAUGGCAGGCAAGGCCUCGGUCGCGCUGUUCCUGGCCGUCAACAUGGUCGUGUUCGCCAUGGCCAGCGCCUGCGGUGGCGACUGCCCCACGCCGUCGACCCCGUCCACCCCAUCCACGCCGACCCCGACGCCGGCGUCGAGAGGCAGGUGCCCCCGCGACGCGCUGAAGCUGGGCGUGUGCGCCAACGUGCUGGGCCUGAUCAAGGCCAAGGUCGGCGUGCCGCCGGCGGAGCCCUGCUGCCCGCUGCUGGAGGGGCUCGUCGACCUCGAGGCCGCCCUGUGCCUCUGCACCGCCAUCAAGGGCAACAUCCUCGGCAUCAACCUGAACCUGCCCAUCGACCUCAGCCUCAUCCUCAACUACUGCGGCAAGACCGUGCCCACUGGCUUCAAGUGCCUCUAAGCAUGCGUCCGGCCGCGGGGUCACGAGUUUAUUAUGCACACGCGUGCGUUGAUCGUUUGAAUCCUGGUGUGUUUGGUUAAUCUGCAUUCGUGGUGGUCUGCACUCUGCACGUGCUCAUGCAUGCGCGGUCGCCGCAUGUACCGAUCGAUCUCUCGUUCGAUCAGCUCUAUUUUGUUUCCAUUGCUUGAUCUAUUGUUCGUUUCCAGUUUACUAUCUAUCCAGUUUCCGUUUUGUAUUCGUUAUGUAUGUGUGCAUGAAGUUUCUCUGUUCAUCUGUUAUGUCUCUGUAUUCGUCUUCAGAUUGCACAGUUUUCUCAA